AUGUUCGCGGCCACGGCGGCGACAACCCGCGCGCCAUCGCUAGCCGCGGGCUCGCGCUCUUUGUGCGCCGUUCGAGCCGCGCGGUCGUCAUUAUUACGUGCGCAUUCGGCUCACGGGCAUUUACGCAAAUCCCUGCCCUGCGUGCUUUGGUCCUCGUCAUUCUCCUUCUGCCUCGCCGGCAUCCACAGAUCCACCUCUCCCGCCUCCGCCGGCUUCUGCUCCUCUGCGACGCCCCACCUUUCGAUGGCUGCGGCUGCUGCGACGCCCGUGCCGGCAUCGGCCUCCGGCGAAGAGUCCCUCGAUUCCAACCCGCUUCUCCAGGAUUUUGCUUUUCCUCCCUUUGAUGUUGUCCAGGCAAAGGACGUCGUCCCAGGCAUCCGGAAGCUUCUCGGGACACUCGUACGAUUUCCUACUUCUCCCCUCUCUCUUUCUCUCUCCUACGCGCAGAUCUGGCGUGCCUCUCCGUCUUGUGUAACGGUGAUCGGUUCUCGUUAGGUAUCUCACGUAGGUUUUGGGCUUAUUCGGUUGCAGGAGGCAGAUUUGUUGGAGCUGGAAAGCAAGGUUCAGCCGACGUGGCCUGCGUUGGUGGAGCCAUUGGAGAGGAUCGUGGAUCGGUUGCAGGUGGUAUGGGGAAUCGUUAAUCACCUUAAAGCCGUUAAGGAUUCCCCCGAGCUGCGUGCCGCCAUCGAAGAAGUGCAGGUUCGUGCGCCGCCCAUCCCAUCACCACCUUUCUCCUUUCGAUGCUCCAACGCGGAACAGUGGCCCAUACGUCUUCGCUGUCUCUCUUUUAGCAGCGUGAUAUGACCAUGACAGUGACAGUUCUUUUAUCGUGGUGAGACCAAAGAAAACUUACAAAGGGGGAUAAGGAUUACGAUGUUUUCUGAAGAGGGGAUGUUCAGCUGGCUCUGUGCAAUGUAGAAUGUAUCAGUGGGUGAUUUUCCCUCGAUCCUAUUGGCGAAAGUUGCACAUCUUAUUAAAUUUCGUCGAAAAUUGAGGUUUUGGAUGAAGAAUCAGAUGAGACACCUGGAGAAAUAUUUACCUGCUUUACCAUUCGGUAUCGUGCAGAUAUCCUGAUGCCACUUUUUGAAUUGCUAUUAUUGUCCUAAUUUUACCCAACAAGAAGCAUAGUGCCUGCUGGAUUUCGUUUAUCUCGUCAUUCACACAAAUCUUUGAUGAAUAUAAAGAACCACUCCCCUGAGAAAAUCCGGCCCCAUCACCUUUGCUUUAAGGCCAAUACGAUCGAAUUUUCUGGUUCCUGAGCAAGCUGCUUUUCAAAUGACCUAUCUAACGAUGAUUUUUUUUUCUGGGCAUUUGCUCAGGUACAUCCCGUUCAGAGAUUUGAAGCAUGUCUUUUCUUAAAGAACAGUAUUAAUGUUCAGCUGAGAUAUCUCCUUCCUUGAAGCUGGGUCACCUCUACUGAAGGCUUAAUCUCUCAUGAUGAAAAAUUAUUGAUUGUACUUUACAACUGCAUUUGAUAAUAUAACUGCUUAUAGAGUUGCACUGUCACAACUUGAAGACAUGCUAUGAUUUACAUUAAUGUGGCUCAUUCUGAUUUUUAUGCUACAUUUUCUUGCAGCCAGACAAGGUCAAAUUUCAACUUAGGUUAGGACAAAGCAAGCCCAUCUAUAAUGCAUUUAAGGCUAUUAAAGAAUCCUCAAGUUGGUCAACUUUGAGUGAUGCGCACAAGCGUAUUGUAGAAGGUAGAUUGUUGAAGCUAUUUUUUUUGCCUUUGGUUAAUUCCUUUCUUAAGUUGCAUCGUCUCCUGUUUGUCAUCUCUUACCCACCAUGUCUUCCUGCAUAGGUGAUAUUGUCAUUUUGGGAAAACAUUGUUCUGUACCAUAAUGGUCACUCUUGUUUUUCUUUACGUACAUGCUGGCAAUAAAUUCUUUUGAAAUUGCAGUGUUAUGUGCAACUGUAUCAUACUUUCUUUCCACGGCCUAGAAUAUUUGGUUCGCCUUUUCAUUUCCGACAAACAUGCAUGGUUCACAUUUUUUUUUUCUUAGUUUCAAUUAAAAUGUCACUUUUCCUGCAUGAACUUGUAUAAUUUCUUUUUGAUUCUUCGCUUGCUUAUUUUUCCCAGAACUGUGUCAUGUUCCCAUUAAAACAGUCAUUUUCAUGGGGUUUUCAUUAAAAAUUGACAGCAGAAAACGUCAUGCUGUAAUAUUAUCUCACCAAAAUUAUUUUUCUGUUGUGUAGCUCAAAUAAAGGAAGCCGUUCUCAAUGGUGUUGCACUUGAGGAUGCGAAGAGAGAACAGUUUAACAAAAUUGAGCAGGUUUUGUACGAGUAUAUACUAAUAAGCAUCAUCCUUAACUAUUUGUUCUAGGAAUGUGCAACCCAUUAAUUCAAUGCUGUUGCACUUGCUGUGAAGAAAAAAAUUUCACAAAAUUGAAAAUGUGUUUUAAUUAUCUUCUUUGAAAUCUAUGAUCAAUGGAUUUUGCAGUAUUUCUUGGUUAAACCAUCUUCAAGGGAAGGAUAGUGUGAUGACAAACAUCAUUUUUCAUGUUUUAUAAAAUGAUGAAAUUUCUCUCGGCUUAAAUAGUAAAAUUGACUGAAAAAAAAGAGGUCACAAUAAUCCGAACAUCAAUAUUAUCUUCACCCAAAGUGACAAAUCAUAUGAUGCCUGGGGAGCUAUGACAAGAAAUAUUUUUUAACUUUUAAUUCGUGAGCUAUAUUGUAUAACAUCAUCCGUUUGACAGCUGUUUCGGAGAAGGAUCUAGAAAUUUAUUAUAACUCUUUUGGAAUGGGCAUCCUUAAAUUACUCAAUGUUUUCGUUUCUAUUUUUUUUAUAAUCAUAACUGAAGAUUGCUUCAAAAUAGUCCCAUUAGGUUGUGUUAGAUUCGUGCAGCAUUUUUUUCUUGAAGAAAAGAAAAGCUCAAUUCCUUUCGAAUUUCUGGAGGCUUGCCUUUUUUUAUGCUCUGUGAGUUGCUUUUCUUCAGUAUUUGAUUCUUCCACGAAUUGUGCUAACUUGCAGGAACUUGAAAAGUUGUCCCAGAAAUUUAGUGAAAAUGUUUUGGAUGCAACCAAAAAGUUUGAAAAGUUAAUUAUAGACAAGAAAGAAAUUGAAGGACUGCCUCCUUCAGCACUCGGCCUCGCUGCCCAGACAGCUGUAUCAAAGGUAAUUACAUUCCAAUCCCUCUUUCAUAUUUGUGGUUAAAUUUGUGUACCAUGAAGGGUUUACAUCGUUUGUAUCUGUAGCAUACAUAUUGCUUUUGUUCUUUUCUUUGCCAUUCAUUCUGUCCUUUCUCAUGUUAGGGUCAUGAGAAUGCUACUGCUGAAAGUGGCCCCUGGGUGAUAACGUUAGAUGCUCCAAGUUUUCUCCCUGUGAUGCAACAUGCAAAGAAUCGAUCCCUGCGUGAGGAGAUAUAUCGUGCUUACAUAACUCGUGCAUCCAAUAGAGAUCUGGACAACACUGCCAUCAUCAGUCAGAUUCUACAGCUGAGGUUGGAGAAGGCCAAACUUCUCGGAUAUAAUAACUAUGCUGAGGUUUGAUAUUUGAUGUGUCUUGAAUUACGUUAUAUAUACUGAGCGCCAGGUUAUUAUGUUGUGAAAUGGGUAAAUCUACUUUUCCUAAAAAGGUAAGCAUGGAAAUGAAAAUGGCUACCGUUGAAAAGGCUGAAGAGCUUUUGGAAAAGCUUCGGAGUGCUUCUUGGAAUCCUGCACUUAAAGGUAUUUGGGAAUUUUCUGUUGUUUCUUCGAAUAUAUCUUAGUCCUUUUUACCAUCCUUAGGAUUAGGGGAAAAAACCUCCUCUUGGUUCACAUAAUGACUGAUUUAUGAGAAAGGAAGAAUGGAUAUGCAGUUUCGUUAAAUUAAGUGACGUUUCUGCAGAAAAAAUCUGAAUAGUGAUUGCCGGUUUCUCUUUCAUCUCCAUCUAAUGGAGAACAUUGCAUUUAGCAGACAUUGGCUGAUAAGAGCUGUUCCUUAUCUAAGAAAUUCUCAUUCAGAUGUAACAAAUCCACUCACUCUGUAUCAAUAUUUUCCAUGGCUCUUUCUUUUUUUGAACUUGUCUAUUAUAUGAUCAACUAUUGUGCUUGUUGGAAUUUUCAUUGAGGAUUAAAUUGGACAGAAAGUUAUUCAUUUCUGACUGAUGACCCCAAUUUUUAGAUUUAUUGUUGUAUUUUAACGGUUCUUCCAUCUCCAGCUUGAAUAUUGUUUAUAAGUUUAAUUAGUGCAAUGUUGAAUGCGAAGACAACUUUUUCACUCCGACAACGAUGUAAGAACUUCCCCAGAAAUGUUCCUUUUUAAAAUCAUGUCUCGUUCACUUUUGGCUCACAGUUUCUUGAGGUUGUCUCAUAAACUAAAUUACUCCCUCUUCCCCUAUAUAUUUUGUAUGGAAAAUACUUAGGUAUUUUCAUCAUUUUUCUAAUUGGAGUUUCUCUAUUUCGAGUGUGAAAUAUUUUAUCUAAUUAUUUCCUUUGAUAUCGAAAGCUACUCGUACUAAAGUGACCUUGUGUCCAUAGAUCUCGAAGAAUUGAAAACUUUUGCUCAGGGAACUCGUGCUCAAGAAGCGGAUAAUUUGAGGCACUGGGAUAUUCAGUUUUGGAGUGAGAGACUUCGAGAAUCGAAGUAUGAUAUUAAGGAGGUAUGCUUGCAUACACGUUCUUGAUGGUAUUUUUAAAUCUGCUUUAAAUCCAUCCCGUCUGUUUGCUAUUUCCCGAGAAUGAGCCUUGUUUUAUCUGUGUACUGUUAUCCUUGGAAUGACGAAUGUGUCUUUGUAGUCAUGGGAGCUAAGUUACGUAGAAAAAAAAUAUAUUAUUUUUUUUGUAAUAGGAAAUUCGUUGCUUCCAAUAAGACGUAUUUCUUUUAUUUUCUCUGCAACUCACAGGAGGAGCUCAGGCCAUUUUUCUCGUUACCAAGAGUUAUGGACGGGCUUUUUAGCCUUGCUAAGACACUCUUCGAUGUUGACAUUGAACCUGCCAAUGGAGUUGCCCCGGUAAUGUAUAUUAGAUUACUUCGUUGUGUUGUCUCAGAGUCUGUUUUACUGACUAGUGUGUCGAAAGAAUUGUAGAAAAAACCUUUUUCUUCUAGAAGAGAAACCCUGGAGGUUAUGUUUCUGACUGUGAAUUUCUUUUACUCAGGUUUGGAACAAAGAUGUCAGCUUUUACUGUGUCAAAGAUUCAUCAGGAAACCCUGUUGCAUAUUUCUAUUUUGAUCCAUAUUCAAGGCCUUCUGAAAAACGUGGUGGAGCAUGGAUGGAUGAGGUUUUUUCCCGAAGUCGAGUUUUUUCACGCGAUGGUGUGCCUGUCAGGUUACCUAUUGCACAUAUGGUUUGUAACCAAACUCCACCUGUGGGAGAUAAACCCAGUUUAAUGACAUUCCGUGAGGUGAAUGCUCCACUACAAUGACAGUUAUGAUCGAUUUUCUCAAUUUUCUAUAAGUUGAUCGGAAAAAGAUACUCUCUUUCAUGAGUUUUUAUCCUUUCAACUUUUUGACCGGCUGCUGGAUUGCUUUGAAAGCUGAUAUACUCUACUGUUUGGUGCUCUGAUAUGCUAAUGAUCUUCCUUGAAAUUUUAAAUGAAAGUAGACCAAUUCAUGUGGCCCGUUUCAUAUGAUCAAACGUUGCUGGGUUGUUAUAUAGGUUGAGACCGUCUUCCAUGAAUUUGGUCAUGCACUUCAGCAUAUGCUCACAAAGCAAGAUGAAGGCCUUGUCGCUGGAAUUCGUGGUAUUGAAUGGGAUGCUGUUGAAUUGCCUUCUCAGUUCAUGGAGAAUUGGUGUUACCAAAGGUAAUUAGACUGACGCGAUACCUGUUAUAUUCUUGAUCAAAUUUCUUUUUUGAUAUUGUACAAUAACUGAUCUGCCAUCCGUUUUCGUCCUAGAGCCUGGUAGACUUGUGCAUUCAUGUGAAAAAAAUGGAUGGAUUCAGACCAAUGUCAUACUCACUCACAUGUGGCAGGAGUUAACUUACCCUCACUGUCCUGGCAUGCGACUAAAUACGUUUUCUGAGCAGGCAAUCGACGAGGAAUGGUCGAGUCAUCAUGAUCAACACCACGUGGGAUGUCUUGGUGGUGUGUUGGCUGGUAGACAUGUCACCCCACCUGGGUCUAGUUAGCCAGCAGCAUGACUUCCAUCCCCUAUAUGGAGGAACACUAGUGGCAAUCCCCCAAUCUGGAGCGUAUCAUGUCCCAUUGGGAGUUAGAUGGCCAUAGGUACUCUCGACCAAAUCUCAGUGGUAGCACGUAGCUGGGCCACCGUGGGCCAAGUUAUGUCAGCUUACAGGAGUGAAUCUGGUUUUCCUUGUUAGAACUGAUGUGUUUAUCAAACCAGUCGCAUAAAAUAAAGCUUUGGAAAGGGAUAUGUUGAAUGAAACAUACAACAGAUUCUGUAAUAUUAAUGCAUCUUUGAUGCCUGCGAUACCCUGCAUCUUUAUGAGGAAAUCAAUGCUAAAUUUGUUUAGGCUUUUUUUGGCAAUUGACGUCCAGUUUUUAUGAAAAAUUCUAUGUCUGUUUCUUCUUGCUUUAUUUUGUAUUUAUCUGGUGUUACUACAAUAAAUACGCAUUGCUGUCUAUUAUGGCGAUUCUUUCAUGUGCUCUGGCAGAGACACUUUGAUGAGCAUUGCAAAGCACUAUGAAACUGGGGAGCCUCUCCCUGAAGAAGUAUAUCAGAAGCUUCUUGCAGCGAGGACGUUCCGUGCUGGUUCCUUGAGUCUACGCCAGGUCUGCUUCAUGUUUUUGUACUCUUCUUUUGUCUCUUUGUCAGCCCUUCUCUUCAAUUUACACUGGGGCAUUUCCUGAGAGAUGAGAUCCUCUAAAAGCUUUCCAGUUUAUAAUAUUGAGAUAAAUGAGAUCCACUGAGCACAAAACGGUCUCUCAGAGGGGAUAGGGUUUCUUCCUAUUAUAGUCGUCGCUUUGUUUAUAUCUGUAAUCUUGUGCAAUUAUUUAUUUCUUGGGAAUGGAAGAAGCUGAUCGGUGGUCUCAUAUCAGUUGACAGAAGUUAAUCUGCGCAUCUGUGUCAAAAUAUACUUACUUUUUCUAGACUGAUAUACAUAUUCCCUGUCACUACGGCAUGCCGGAAUCUUGAUGUGGAUAUAGAAGGAAAUCCUCUUUGUGUUCAGUUUUAUCUCCUUUUCAAUUGUACCAACUGUAGCUUGCUUUCUCGAUUUUCUAACGAGAUCUACCAGUUGUUAGAUUGGGGCAGGAUUUAACGGAAAAAGAAAAAGAAGAGGUCCUCUGGUUUAAAAUCUAUAUUUGAAUACUGAUGAUGACUGUCCUGGUUGAAUUUAGUGAUACACGAGGCAUGAAACAUGCGAGCUAUUGUCUUACAGGUCUAAAGGCGUGAUAACGCUUGAGGGUACAUAAAUGACAAACAAUUCACAUUGUUCGUAGUUAAACCUGACUAGCAUUUUUGUUGUCGUGAUAAUCAGUUCCUUUGAUGAUGUUUCUCGUUUCAAAUUUUACAAGUUUUCAUUUGUUUAUGUUAACGUUCAAUGGACCCGGCGGACAUCUUUAUCUUCGUUUUUUCUUUUUCAGAUACAUUUUUCUGUUAUAGAUUUAGAGCUUCAUUCGAACUAUAUUCCUGGCGGACCUGAAACUAUUUAUGAAGUCGAUCAAAGAGUAGGUAAACGAACCCAAGUUAUUCCGCCACUGCCAGAGGACAGAUUUCUGUGCAGUUUCAGCCACAUAUUUUCAAGUUAGUAUGUUGAACUUGCCUUAAUUUUCUUUAUCGACGCUACGAGCAUAAUACUGAAUUUUAUGUGUUGUAUUCACAAUAGGCGGUUAUGCUGCUGGCUACUACAGCUACAAGGUAUUUUCGCAUUCUAAUCAUUUUCCUGUAAGAACAUUCCUUUGAUUAGUUUUUCGUAUCAUCUGCACUUUCUGCAUGAUGAGGAGGUAACGGAUUUUUAUUACUGUGGAGAAAUCCAGAACCAGUUUGCGAUGGAAGCUGGAACAUCUGGAAAUAAUCUUGCCAUUAUUCCUUAAACCGUGGCUUUUCGUUAUGGUCUCGUGAACCUUUGUCAGAAGCUCAGGGGGAACACUGUUUAUCAGACCAAUGAUGUUUACGACUGAUACUUUCACACAUAGGGCUACCCAGGUAGGGGCUGAAAACUGGUGGGCCAGCCAGCCAGCCAGCCCCGGAACUUGCCCUAAAUUCACUGCACCACGCUAGACCCACACUGGUGGGACAUGGGCCCCCUCACUCUCAGGCUGGUCUAGUCUAGACACCCCUUUCUAGUCCUAAGUCUCUGACUAACCCGCGAGGAGAAGGUUCAAGUCGCCUGGAUCACCUUACACAGAUAGAUACUGGUUGGUGGUGUGUACAGGGGAAAUAGAGGGAGGAGUCUUUCAUGGCUGUGUUUCUUCUCCAUUUGGGAGCGCAGCGGAUUCACUUUGCAGAUUUGUUUCCUUUCUCGUUGCAGUGGGCGGAGGUUUUGUCGGCAGAUGCCUUCUCAGCGUUUGAGGAUGCUGGGCUGGAGAAUGACAAGGUUUGCUCUUCUGCUCUGGCCGGUUUCCUCCCCCAAUUAACCAGUGAACCUCACCGGACGGGGGGGGGCGAACGAUUUUUGGGACGGACGGCGCUUGCCUGAGCGAUUCUUUUGGGUCUGUGGCAGGCUGUCAAGGAAACCGGCCGGAGGUUCCGGGACACCGUUCUGGCCUAUGGCGGGGGGAAGCCGCCGCUGGAGGUCAGAUUUUUUUCCUGUGUCUCGAAUGAUUAGCCCGUCUAGAAUCUCCUGCGCCAAUGCCUUCUCGACCAGUAAUCACUCGCUGUCGGCAUGAUGGCAUAAUUAAGGGGCUACAUUUAAAUAUUCUUGCUUUGACGGCCCGACUAAUAAUUGACUGACUGAUCAGGUGUUCGUGGAAUUCCGAGGGAGGGAGCCGUCCCCAGAGGCCUUGCUUCGGCACAACGGCUUGUUACCCGUCGGCGCCUGA